CACUGCACAUGCGCACACUUGCUGGAGGUCGUGAGCACCCCGAGGACAAUGGCGGAUAUGGGUGAAGCGGACCAAGCCGAGUUGCAGCGCCUGGUGGCUGCCGAACAGCAGAAGGCGCAGUUCACUGCACAGGUACAUCACUUCAUGGAGCUCUGCUGGGACAAAUGUGUGGAUAAGCCAGGAAAUCGCCUUGACUCUCGCACUGAAAAUUGUCUCUCCAGCUGUGUGGAUCGCUUCAUUGACACUACUCUUGCCAUCACCAAUCGGUUUGCCCAGAUUGUACAGAAAGGAGGGCAGUAGGCCAUUCCCCUGGAGAAUGAUGGAAGCAGCAAAGGACUUAAGCAGACUGAAGGGCCAGUGGGGGCAAAUUGUCAACCCACUGUCAGGUCAACUUUAGGCUAAUACCAGCCAAGCCUGUUGGUGCUAAAAAGUAACAGAUCAAAUGUUCAAAAGUGAAAUUUAUUUAGAAUUCACAAUUCCCUAUUGUAUCACAAAAGUUAUUCAAUAAAUGUGAAUUCCCCAA